AUGAUGCAUGAGGAGCCUAACAUUGUUCUCCCAUCUUGUGAAGCCAUGAGCUCUUCAGCUCCUGGUGGCUCCUUGACUCCUCAACCUGUGCACGAUGUAGCCUCUGAACGGGUUGCUAGGUUUUUGGGUUGUGAAGGUGAUGUCCCUGCACCUAGGGGCAAAGGAAUAUUAAUAGACGUUAGAGUUUCAGAGCUCGAGAAAGAAAAUGAACAUAAAUCAAAACAAAUAUCCGACUUGCAGCUCAAUCUUGGUGCUUUAUGUGGCUGUUAUUUUGAAUUGACGAAAAAGUUGAUAAUUGAAUUUGGAGACAAAUUCAAAACAUCGGUUGGUGAACCUAAUGUAGCUGAAGCUUCCCAUAGUGCCCCUACCAAAGAAACUAAAAAUCCUCAAGAUGAUUCUCAAAAUGUCAGAAUGACCUGUAUUAUUGAUCGUUUUGAAAUUGAACCUGCUCAAUCUGAUCCAAGAGCAAUUCUAAUGAAAGCUCAUAAACAAACCAAGCGUCAAGGAAAAAGAAGAUUGCUUUUCAUGAAAAAUUCCAAACAAAACAUCCAUGGAGAUCGGCCUCAACUAAGUGUGAAUGAGCUUGGGAUAAAGCGGUUCAAGAACAACUACGGAGAUCGGUAUGGAAUUUUGAUGUGGGGAUUUCAUGAUAAAUUGAAUAUCUAG